AUGACGGACAAGCAACGGGCUGCAUUGGAGAAGGCGCAGAAAGCGAGGGCUGAACAAUUGCGCCUAAUGCAAGCAAAACGCGAGAAGGAACGGAAGGAGCAGGAUAAACAAAGGAGGAUCGAUGAGGCCAAACGCAUCCUUGAAGAGGAGAAGGAACAGAAGCGGUUGGCGAGGGAAGAACGACAAAACACGAAGCGAGGAAAGAAGGCAACACCAACACCAACACCAACACCAACUAGGAGCAAGAGAUCCAAACCAGCAGCAAAGGCGCAGCCAGCAGCAAUACGUCCAUCUAAAAAAAAGAGCGUAAUUUUGAAAUUCGGUGAUGAUGAACCAUUCUUUGACUCUAGAUCACCAUUCUUUGAGGAGGACAAUGUUGAGGAGGACAACUAUGGUGGUAUUUUUGGCUGA